UUGGGGUGGCAAACCCACCGUGCGCUCGCCGCACCGGUCUGGGCUCGACAGACUUUUAGAAUUUUUGGCUCGCAAGCAUGUGGGGGAGGAGAGCGUCCGCGCAUAAAAGGCCAGCGAUGCGGGGGGAUGGCCCUCCAACCCGCCCGCUCGUCUCAUCCUCUUUGGCAUCUCUCGUCAUUCGCACUUGUGCGACGUCCUUCAUUAAGUUCACACUACCUCCUUACCGGUCAUAAUGUCUCGCUUCGCCGUCCUCGCCACUGCGCUCUGCGCCAUCCUCGCCUCCGUCUCUGGUUCGCCUGUCGCGACCAACGAGACUGCGACCCUCGAAAAGCGUAUCACGCACUCUGGUCGGGGCACCUGGUACGAAGUUGGUCUUGGCGCCUGCGGGUACAACGACGUCGACACCGACCACAUCGUGGCCAUCUCUCACGAGAUCUACAACAACGGUGGUAACUGCAACCAGUGGAUGCGCAUCGAGAACACUGCCACCGGCGACGUCGCCUACGGCAAGACUCGCGACGAGUGCAUGGGAUGCGACGCGACUGCCAUUGACUUGAGCCCUUCGCUCUUCGAGGCGCUCGGUGCCGACCUCGGGGAGGGUGUUCUCUCCCUCUCCUGGCACUUCAUGAACAAGGGCUGGCAGCCCUAAGCGGCCCAGCCCGCUCACCAGCUGACGCUACCCCCGCGUCGGCCUCCGCCUGCCUGACCCACCCACCACGACAUAGACGCCGCUCAUUCGCUCUGCCAUUCCUUACGGUCUUCCGGUGUGUUGUGUUAAUACGUUCGUCGCUCCCU